AUGCUGCCGCUGCAUACGAACAUGUUCAAAACAGCAUCCAGCUUCAGCUUCUGCCGUGCGUCACUGGAGCACACAGUGUCGGCGGAAGAGUUGAACUACCAACUUCCACGCCGCAACGGAGGCAGCAACCUGACCUGGCAUGAUGGCCGCGGCCAGAAGGGGGCGCACACACGCACCGUCAAACUGCUGCAGCAGCCGGGGACAGAAGGAAUCCAGCUCCGCCCGGGCGAGGCCUUUGCCGUCUACCACACCAGCCCCACGCUCUCGUCCCUGUCCAAACCCGUGGUGCUGUGGACGCAACAAGACGUGUGCAAGUGGCUCAAGAAACACUGUCCCCACAACUACCUGACCUACGUAGAAGCUUUCUCUCAUCACGCCAUCACAGGGCGGGCGUUGCUUCGGCUAAACGGUGAGAAGUUGGAAAGAAUGGGAAUCGUCCAGGAGACACUCCGUCAGGAAGUCCUUCAGCAAGUCCUACAGCUUCAAGUGCGAGAAGAAGUCCGCAACCUCCAGCUCCUCAGCAGAACGUCAUUUGGAAACUUCUCGUAG